ACUGCUCCGCGACUUGCGACGUCUGGAUCUAGUGGCCGACAGGAGCAGAGGAGCUACACAUUUAAACGACGUUGCGGGAUUUUUUUAAACAGCAAUCCGGGACUGCAAGAUAUGUUAUGAAAAUCGGGACUGUCCCGCGAAAAGUGGGACUGUUGGUUGAAAGAGGGACAUGUGCUUUGCCUAUAUCUGAAUGAAGUUAGGCUAAUCACUGAUACUUAUUAAACAGCACCUGCUUUUGAACGGAUGGGUCCCAAAGUGUUGCAGUCAAAGACAGAAGAGACUGCUGUGCGGGUAGUUGUCCGAGUUCGACCUUUGCUCCCAAAGGAGGUUUUGCAUGGUCAACAGCCCUGUUUGUGGACAGAACCAGACCAAAAGAGCCUAACACUUGGAACAAACAGGCACUUUCAGUUCCAGGAUAUACUGGAUGAGGCUUGCAGCCAAGAUGCAACAUAUAACUCCUGUGUACAGCCAUUGCUUGAGGCUUUCUUUCAAGGAUUUAAUGUCACCGUGUUUGCUUAUGGGCAGACUGGCUCAGGAAAAACCUACACCAUUGGAGAAGCAAGUAUAUCUUCAAUGUCUGAGGAUGAGCAGGGAAUCAUCCCACAUGCUAUGGCUGAAAUCUUUAAGCUGAUUGAUGAAAAUGACCUAAUCGACUUCACCCUUCGCGUUUCCUACCUGGAAGUGUACAAAGAGGAGUUUAGAGAUCUUCUUGAAGUGCACACCACAAGCAAAGGCAUUCUUAUACGAGAAGAUGAAAAGGGUAGUGUUGUGUUAUGUGGCAUAAAGGAAUGUGAAGUCGAGGGGCUGGAUGAGGUGCUUAGCCUACUGGAAAUGGGCAAUGCUGCAAAACAUACAGGGGCCACUCAUGUUAACGUCCAUUCAAGCCGUUCACAUACGGUCUUUACUGUCACAAUGGAACAAAGGAGGUGUGUUGGUCGGGUUGCCAGAGUGGCUACUGAUGAAGAAGAGAUGCUCCCUGAUAUUGGCCAAGUUUUGUCUUCCAAGUUUCACUUUGUAGACCUUGCUGGGUCUGAAAGAGUUCUAAAAACAGGAAACACCGGUGAGCGGUUAAAAGAAAGUAUUCAGAUAAAUACUGGUCUGCUGGCUCUGGGUAAUGUCAUCAGUGCUUUGGGGGACCCAAAACGAAAAACCAUUCAUAUCCCAUAUAGGGAUUCCAAAAUAACAAGGAUAUUGAAGGACUCCCUAGGUGGCAAUGCAAAGACUGUGAUGAUUGCAUGCGUUAGUCCAUCUGCAUCCGACUUUGAUGAAACUUUAAAUACUCUAAAUUAUGCAAGUCGAGCCCAGAACAUUAAGAACAAAGCUACUGUCAAUUGCAAAAGAGAUACAGAGCGUGUGGAGGAUUUGCAUCUUCAAAUCAAAUCUCUGCAGCGUGCCCUUGAACAGAGAUUGCGCUCAGAAACCCGCAUACUAAAUCGUUCUGACCCUGCUAAGGCAGUAACCCAGCGCUCUAUGGAUGAUCAGAUCAUCGCAGAAUGUGCACACUACAGGACAUGCACUGACACAGCUUAUUUACUCCUGAUGGAGCUCCUCUCUGAAACUGUCCUGAGUCCUGCUCAGAUCCUUCGGGUAACAGAAUGGAUGUGUUUAGUAGAAGAAGAGAGAAGUGAUGUGUCAUCUGCCUCAGGUCUUGAUAGUGGGAUUGAGAGCUCCACUGCUGAGGAGAAAUUAAAGGAGCUAGGCAAGAGGCAGAUAAAGGACAAGGGGUUGCUGACCUUCGAAAAGGAAUCUGAAAUUGAGAAGGAUAAACACAUUGAAAACCUUCAGCUCCAAAUACAGCGUCUCGAAGAUGAGAACAGAGAAUUUCUGUCUGCCCUAGAAGAUGCAAUGGAGCAGUAUAAAGUGCAGAGUACCAAGCUGCAAGAACAACAUGAUGAAAUCAUUAAACAUCAAAAUCUCCUGGAGAGGUUAAGGCCCGGUCUCUCUGCAUCAGCCCUCUUGGAAGACGUACACGUGCUGCAGUUUGGGGGAAGGCCGAGUACAGCCCCAAUAAUUCACAUAAGACCACAUGUCUCCUUUGAACAAAAGAAAUCUGCUUCAUGGGAAUUUUCAAAGUCCAAAAAGAUUUCCAGCAGCUGCAUUUCCUCUUUAUCUAAAGAAUUUACUAAGAGUUUUCAAACUGGCACACAGAAUCUGGUGUCUAGCUUAGAAGAAGCUGAUACAGUGCUGCAGAAACGGUUUAGUGAAGAUUCAAAUGAAUCGGCUGAAGAAGAUAAAAAUGAAUCUAAAGGGCAGCAAGGAAAACCUCCCAGACCAGAAAGAAAGACGAAGGCGGGAUCAAAUUGUUCCUAUUAUAAGCUGCAGAGCAGGAACUCUGAUAGUGAGGGGGAGGACUUUACAUUUGCAUGCCUGGAUAUGAAAUCAUCACUUACCCAGAGAGACCACAAUGUACCCAGAGAGAGCCAAAUCCCAGGAAAUGAUUCAAAGUGGAGACUGCGUCAGGCUCAGCAAAAGAUCCGGGAACUAGCUAUCAACAUCCGCAUGAAAGAAGAGCUCAUUAAAGAGCUUGUUAAAACUGGAAAGGAAGCUCAAGCCAUGAAUAAGCAAUACUGCCUUAAGAUUUCUGAGCUAGAGAAUGAAGCAGAACAGAUCAGAGCAGAAGUCAGCGACAGCCACAGGCAGUUACUGGAACUUGAGGUGAAAGCGUCACGAGAUCCAGCUGAAAAGUGCAAGUUGCAGGAAUUCCGAAAAAAGAUAGCUGCUGCGGAGAGCAAAGUGCAGGUUCUGAAUGAGAAGAAGCAGGCUACAGAGAAGCUGGUGUCACUUUCUGCACAAAGUGAAAGAAGAAUCGAAGAUCUGGAAAAAAACAUACAGCAAAUGAAACAGCAGCAGUGUCAGUUGCAAAAGAAGCUGAAAGAGGAGACAGAACAGAAACGCCGUCUAGAGAGUGAAAUGCAGAAAAGAAGUCAGCGUGUUAAGGAACUUGAGCUCAAACAUGAACAGCAGCAGAAGGUAUUAAGGAUCAAAACAGAGGAAAUAGCAGCAUUUCAAAGAAAAAGACGGAGUGGAAGUAAUGGAUCAGUUAUCAGCCUGGAGCAGCAGCAAAAAAUUGAAGAUCAGAAGAAAUGGCUAGACAGUGAGAUUGAUAAAGUACUUGAGCAGCGUCGAGCCUUGGACGAGCUGGAAGAGGAACUUCAUAAAAGAGAAGGCAUUUUGUUAAAAAAGGAGGCACUUUUACAGGAAAAGAAUGGUUUAGAGAUCAAAAGACUUCGUUCCAGUCAGGCCUUAAGUAACGAUAUUGUCAGAGUGUCCAGUCGCAUUGAGGAUUUAGAGAAGGAGCUGUCAGAGAAGAAUGGGCAGCUUCGUGAGGGCAGCGCUCAUGACCAGCAGCGUAUACGAGAUGAGAUUAACAACCUGAGACAGGAGAAGGACCUGCUGUUUAAACAGAAGGUAGACAUUGACGACAAACUGAGACAAGGGAACCUUCUAUCUGCAGAGGAAGAAAGAAUAUUGUUCCAGCUAGAUGAAGCAAUUGAAGCCUUGGAUGCUGCAAUAGAGUACAAAAAUGAGUCUAUUACUCGUAGGCAGAGGGUUCUGAGAGCCUCAGCCAGUCUGCUGUCCCAGUUUGAAAUGAACUUGAUGGCAAAGCUCAGCUAUCUCUCCUCCUCAGAGUCCCAGGCACUGCUUUGCAAGUACUUUGACAAGGUUGUAACAUUGCGGGAGGAGGAGCACAAGCUGCAGAUUGCAUUCUCUGAAUUAGAAAUGAAGAUAGAGGAACAGCAAAGGCAGGUCUACUGGCUAGAGGUGGCUCUAGAACGCCAGAGGCUUGAGAUGGAUCGCCAGCUCACUUUGCAACAGAAGGAACAUGAAAUGAGCAUACAGCUUAUCCUGAAGCAAUUUCAAGACCAAAGGGCUGAAGGAUUUGCUGGAAGCAAGAGGCAAUAUGAAGCCAGAAUACAAAUGCUUGAAAAGGAGCUCUGUUGGUAUAUGCAGGCUCAUCAAGAGCUAAGCCAAAGACUAAGUAAAGUGCCUAUUCCUAAACUGAAUGCUCCUGCACACCAAGUAAAUGUUGAUGGAAGAAUUCUCACCACAGCUGAAAAACAGGCCACUGAAGUUCUUUCUGCCACUGUGAAUUUGAACAACCAUCUUUUUCCAGACAAAAGCGUACAGCCAAGAGAGGACUUUUUACAUGCGCCUUUACCACCCACUUGGAGACGUUCUUCACUUCCAACUGAAGAGCAACAAGGCCUUGAGGAACUGAGAAAUCGAGAGAUGGUCUUGGAAAAUAAUAAAUUACUGCAACCAGCAGAAGCCCUUUGCCAGAGAAAUCUUGCAUAUCUUCCCAAAUCUCGAAGAGAGCUGCGCAGGUGUAAUGUGAACGCUAUCCCCUUAAUUUCUAAUGUGGAGAUGAUAGAUGUUCGAAAGAAUCCAUUGUAGAAAGGCUCAGAUAUUUAAUGCACUUAGUUUUCACAAGGCCACUGCAUAUCAGUGUCUAUACAAAUAUUUGGAGUCUCUUUUUUUAAAUCCCUUUUAGGGUUAGAGCAGAUGGGAUGUUUUUUCUGUAGCAACUAAUUUUCUCCUGUAUGGUUGACAAAACGUCCAGAGGUUACAUGCCUUCUAGGAUUAAUGUAAAUCGCCUGUUGUGAUAGCCUGAAGUUACCUUGCAAGACAACAUCCCCCUAUGCAUAUGUGUCACUAGAGGCAAUUUACAUUUAUCCUUUUAGGCUUGUUACUUUGGAUGUUUUCUUGCCUGAAGGACUUUAAAGGAGAAUUCAACCUGUGGGCAAAAAAACCUGUACCCCCCACCGCACGUAGACCCCCCUCCCUCCUCCCCCCAGGCUAACCCCCCCCCCCC